AUGCGCAAUGUCGCGUACAAACAACGCAUCGCUAAGUACUACGACUCUCGAGUCAAACCCCGUGCUUUCAAACUUGGGGACUGGUUCAUGCGCAAGGUUUCCUUAGCCACCAAGAAUCCUACUGAAGUUACUUUAGGCCCUAUACAUGGGAAGGUCCUUAUGAGGUUACCAAAGUCUGCCGACCCGGCGCAUAUCAGCUUUGCGAUCCCAAGGGCAAGACCUUGCCACAUCCUUGGAAUGCUGAUCAUCUCAAGUACUUCUAUAAGUAAACAUACCUAG